CAUAUAUCUCAUGAAAACCACACACAAAAAAAAACCCAACUCUGUUACCUUAAAUUCCCCUACAAAACCCAUGUAUUUCUUCUCCUCCUCUCUCUCCUAACAGACCUUAAAAAAACAAAACCUCCACCAAAUGGGGUGUUGUCACUUGCACACCUCAACUCCACAAAUACUAGGCAGAAUUCCCACAAACAAACCAUCACAACUAUCCUUGUUCUCAUCAGCUCAACCAAAGUUCAGAAUCAACAAUCAGAAUCAGAAUCAACAACCACCACCUAUUUCUACCACCAGAGUCACUCAAAGACAGCCACCAAUACCAAAAACUGAUGCGUACGGUGUUAAGUUCAGGACACUGGGAGGUUGCAAGCUUGGGAUUUCUAGAUAUCCUGACUUUGAAUACAAUGCUGAAGGGGGUACAGGGACUGGGACGGGGUUGAAAAUCGUAGAUGGUGACUUGGAUGGUGAAGUUUCAGUCAAUUUUGAUCUAGAAACACUCUAUAUUCCGCCAUUGACAAGCGCAACAACUAGGUUCUUGGGAUUGCCAUUGCCGCCUUUCCUGAAAAUUGAUAUUGUUCCUGAGCUAUUUCGAGGAAUCAUCAACCAAAAAUCUGGCAAGGUGGAUCUUGAGUUCAAGGCCAAGUUUUUGUUUUCCAUUGGGAGUAUCUAUAAAGCUCCUCCAUUGCUGGUGGAGACUGUGUUAACAUCAGAGGAGUCAAAGGGAACACUGAGAAGUGGGAAAGGGGAGAGUCUGAAUGAAGAAGGGAAGUGCAGGUUGGUUGGGGUGGCAACUGUUGACCCCAUUGAUGAUUUUCUUAUGGAUACCUUCCUUAGCCUUCCUACGGAAUGUCUUGCCAACAUGAAUGCUACAAUCUCCUUCUCUAGUUCUUAAAGAUUUAAAAACCACCAUUUAGACCACUUCAAUUCUUAAAGAUUUUAAAACCACCAUUUAGACCACUUCAAAUCAUGUUCUCUCUAUAGCUCUUGCUGGGAAAGCGAGAAGAAAACACGAUAUGGUACUUAAAUUCUUUUAUCAUGAGGCUACAAGACAGCUUAAAAUAUUUUUGGAAGUAUACUUUCGUUUCUUCUCUUUCCACAAAUUUAAGAUCCAACCAAACACAGCCUAAAGGUUCUACAAGUUGAGUUGACCAACACAAGAGAAAGAGAAGAGAUAUCGGAGAUACUUCUGAAGUUAUGGUUAUGGAGUCUUUUCAAGAUUUUAUUGUGGCCCGUCAUUGAGGAAGUUCUUAUAGGAUCAAUGUCUAAUUAUUUUGUUUUAUAUGACUGAAGGAGAGGAGCUAAGUGUUCUACAUCUUCUUUCACUGGAAAAACUCUAGCAGAUUUUUUUUGUAGAAUGUUUUCCACCAAAAACAAGGAACAAAUGUGACUUUAAAUGAACAUUAUUUUCCUUA